UUUUCAAUAUCUCAAUCAAAAAACAAUUUUAUGCCGAACUUACCUGUGGGAGAAUAUCGUAUUGUCUUUCAAAAAUUAUAUCCUUGUGAUUCAACAAAUAACCAUUCAAUUUUAUUUAAUGUUUAUUUUAAUAAAAAGACAUUAAGUAUAACUGAGAUGAAAGGGAAUUUAACAUAUUUGAUACCUUUUGACGAUACUCUUAUACUUGAUAUAAAUCUGUCGUCUGGGGGUUCGACUGGUGGUUGGAAACCAAAUUCGAAUGUUCACAUAACAAAAAAUUUAAAACAAACACUUUUAGUCCAGUUCAAUUAUGUUUGA